AUGCUGGAUUUUAUUGGAGUAUUUGAAGAUGGGGCAUUAAAUAUUAAGGGCGAAUAUAACUGUGUAAUUAGCAGAAUGAAAGUUCAAAUGCUUGGCAUUACCAUAUUUAAACGUGUUGCACAAAGCAUGCAUCUCUGUGCCAUCGAAGCAGCAAAGUCCUGGCCACGUACUCGUGAAGAUGUGAUGAGAAAUGUGUACAUUUACCUUUCCCAUAGUGCCAAAGGGAAAUUGGCCGUGAUCGCAUGUGGCCGCAAUAACCAAGUUCGAAUCCUGGUCACGGCAGAUGAUGUGUUUUCCGCCCGAUUGCAGCAGAUCACAGAAGAGGACGCUACGGCAGCAGAUCACAGACGAGGACGCUACAGCAGCAGAUCACAGAAGAGGACGCUAGGGCAGCAGAUCACAGAAGAGGACGCUACAGCAGCAGAUCACAGAAGAGGACGCUACGGCAGCAGAUCACACAAGAGGACGCUACAGCAGCAGAUCACAGAAGAGGACACUAGGGCAGCAGAUCACAGAAGAGGACAUCACAAAGAGGACGCUACAGCAGAAGAUCACACAAGAGGACGCUACGGCAGCAGAUCACAGACGAGGACGCUAGGGCAGCAGAUGACAGAAGAGGACUCUAAGGCAGCAGAUCACAGAAGAGGACGCUACAGCAGCAGAUCACAGACGAAGACGCUAGGGCAGCAGAUCACAGAUGAGGACGCUACGGCAGCAGAUCACAGACGAGGACGCUACGGCAGCAGAUCACAGAAGAGGACGCUACGGCAGCAGAUCACAGAAGAGGACGCCACGGGUUGUUUGUUGCUCAUCCCGGCCACCCUGCAGCCCGGCCACCCUGCAGCCCGGCCACCCUGCAGCCCGGCCACCCUCCAGCCCGGCCACCCUGCAGCCCGGCCACCCUCCAGCCCGGCCACCCUGCAGCCCGGCCACCCUCCAGCCCGGCCACCCUCCAGCCUGGCCACCCUGCAGCCCGGCCACCCUGCAGCCUCGGCUACGGUAGCCUGGCCACUCCUGCAGCCCGGCUACCUUCCAGCUCUGGCCACCCUGUGCCUGGCUGAAUUCUGCAGCCCGGGCUACACCCUGCAGCGCCCGGCUACCCUGUGGUGCCCGGCUACCCCAGCCCGGCCACCCUCCAGCCCGGCUGCCACCCUGCAGCCCGGCCACCCUCCAGCCCAGCCACCCUUCCAGCCCGGCCACCCUCCAGCCCGCCACCUGCAGCUCCGGCUACCCUGCAGCCCGGGCUGUUACCUCUGCAGCCUGGCCACCUCCAGCCCGGCCACUCCUUCCAGCCUCGGCCACCCUGCAGCCCGGCCACCCUGCAGCCCGGCCACCCUGCAGCCCGGCCACUUGCAGCCCGCCACCCUGCAGCCUGGACCGGCCACAUUGCAGCCCGGCUACCUCCAACCUGACCUCAAUUCUGAAGCCAGCUACCCUCCAGGGCCAGGCCACCCUCCAACCUGGACACUCCCAGUCCGGCCACCUUUCAGUCCGGCUACCUCAGUCCGGGCUACCCUGCAGCCCGCCACCCUGCAGCCUGGCUACCCUGCAGCCCGGCCACCCUGCAGCCUGGCCAUCUCCAGCCCGGCUACCACCCUCCAGCGCCCGGCCACCCUGCAGCCCGCCACCCCUUCAGCUCCGGCCACCCUCCAGCCCGGCUACACCUUCCAGACCGGCCACAUUGCAGCCCGGCCUUCCAACCCGGACUCACCCCUGCCAGCCCCUGGCAACCCUUCAGCCCGAUCCCCAUGCAGACCGGCCACCCUCCAGACCGGCCCCCCUGCAGACCGGCCACAUUGCAGCCCGGCCACCCUCCAACCCGACCACCCUGAAGCCAGGCUACCCUCCAGUCAGGCCACCCUCCAACCCGGACACUCCCCAGUCCGGCCACCUUUCAGUCCGGCCACCCUUCAGUCCGACCACCCUUCAGUCCGGCCACCCUUCAGUCCGGUCACCCUCUAG